CCUGAUCUGUGCUAAACGAGGGAAAAUUUUGUGAGUCUUUUGAGAUUCUUCGGUUUUCGAUGGGUUACAGGUAAGGGUAUGACGAGAGUUCUUUUAGGUUGGAAGGAUUUAGGGUUUUCUUGGCUUGAGGAAAAUUAUUAGUGAUGUAGUUCAAUAAAAAUGUGGGCAGUGGAAAUGGAAAUCACCGGUUUGCGUUAGAUCCAGUGUGUGAAAGCAGGGAGAACAAUCAGACGACGAUGUCCAAUAAUUUGCUUUUGUUCCCUGUGUCGUCUUCUUCUUCGUCGACGUCUUCAACCUCCGUCGGUGGCGUUAAUUAUAUUGAACAUCAUGUGUCUAAAUUCGAUACUCUUGCAGGCGUGGCGAUCAAAUAUGGUGUCGAGGUAGCAGACAUCAAAAGGAUGAAUAACUUGGUUACAGAUCUUCAAAUGUUUGCUCUCAAGUCUCUACAAAUACCAUUACCUGGAAGGCAUCCACCAUCAACAAGUCUAGCAAAUGGUUCAGCUACCCCAGUACAGAAAAAUACUGGACAAACUCCAUCUCGCCGGCAUUCUGAUGUGUUGGAAUCUAUCCAGGCACUAAGGUUGAAAUCUGCUCAACACAAGGUUUCUCCAGCCAUGAACACUUUACAGGGCUACUAUGGGCUUAAACAUUCAAGUAAUAAUAGCGAAGCAGAAACAGAGAUGGCAGUUUACAAAACAGACAGAGCUCGCUACUUGGAAGAUGAACUACCCAAAUCCUCACCAUUUUCUGAUCCAUUUCCAGGACGCCAUCGGAAGUCAAGGAGUUUAGUUAAUGGUUUCUUUCCUGAGAAUGGUGAGCUGUCGGAUGUGCCUAAUGUUGGAGCCGGGGAUCAUGAGGUUUACAGAUCAAAUGAUAAGUAUGUCCGCAGGCGGCAGAAAGCUGAAAAUAACUCUCCUCGCACCCCAGAAAUGUUAUUGAAGGAGGAUACCAGUGGUGGCAGUGGGUUUUCAACAACAUCUGGAAGGGGUCUGGCUCUGAGGCCAAAAUCUGCAAGCCGAACAAAUCUUGCAGCUGAUGUUGAAUCAGGUUGGUUGAGCCCAGUUCCUGUGCGUCUGGGUGACUCUGUCAUAGCUGAUGGGUUUUCUGGAGUACGGAAAUCGUCAAGCACACCCAGCUUCCAGGAGCAGGACAACAAUAACUCUUCAUUCAUAUGGCCAACUUCGAAGUGGAAUUUAAAGUCAGACUUACAGGCUUUUUCAGCGGCUGCCAUUGCCAGACCAAUAUUUGAUGGCUUGCCAAAGCCAAUUACUGGUAGAAGAAAUAAAGCUGCUCUUGAUUAGUACAGUCACAUUGCACGUUCUUGAAAUCUGAUUUAUUUUUUACUCAUUAAAUGAUACAACCAAAACCCUGAGCCUAGCCUUCCAUCAAGCAAGGGAGAACAUACAGUAUAUAGCUCCAGAAGGGGAUAUUUAAGGAAAGGAAAGUGAUAGAGAGUCAAAUAAGACAUCAUGCUCCUGCGAUUGAAAGAUGAACCAUCUUAUGAUUGCCUGGUC